AUGCCUCCCGCACUCGCCAUCCCAGCGACAACUGCAUUGCCGACGGCCACAGCGCCCGACCAUGUGAAGGAGCACUCCGCGCACCAAGCACACGAUAACCAUGACCAUGACCACCACUUGGUAGACUCGCUGCUCGCGUCCGCCAAUGUCACCAAGCACAAUUCGACUCCCAGCACCGCCAGCACGAAUUCGUCCAGUCUACCCGAAAAGCUCGUUCGCGAGGUGCAGACACGCAUCCCGACCGACUUUGGCUCGUUCCAGCUGGCACUGUACUCGAGCAACAAGGACAACAAGGAGCAUUGUGCCAUGAUCUACGGCGACGUUUCAACAAGCCUGACAAACGCAAACGGCGAGCUCGAGCCCGUCCCUGUUCGUGUUCACUCUGAGUGCUUCACUGGCGAAGUCAUGGGCUCUCGUCGCUGCGAUUGCGCCGAACAGCUUCGCAAAGGUCUGCAGUAUAUCGCCAACCAGGGUCGUGGUGUUGUUGUCUUCUUGCGUCAGGAGGGCCGUGGCAUUGGCCUGCGCAACAAGCUCCGCGCAUACAAUCUCCAAGAUCAGGGCUACGACACCGUGGACGCCAACCUGCUGCUUGGCCGUGGCGCAGACGAGCGCGACUUUACUGUCGCCGCGCUCAUUCUGCAGGACUUGGGGAUUAGCCACGUGCGCCUGCUGACCAACAACCCGGUCAAGAUCGAAGCGCUUGUGUCGCACGGCAUCACAGUCCACCAGCGCGUGGGGAUGGCGCCAGAGUUUGUGUCGGGCGACAACCGCGAUUACUUUGUCACGAAAAAUCGUCGUCUCCGCCACCUCAUUGACAUUGUCGACCACAAGGGCGCGUCGACGUCUUCAGACACAACCACCAACACGGCAAUGGCGACGCCAGAGGAGCAGGCCUCGCCCGUGAAUGGUGGCUCGCCCGAGCGCCCGCUCUCGCCGCUGCAGGUCUCUGCAAGCUCCCCUGCCGUGGUAACAACAACAACGACGACGACAGCUGAUGCCUCGACGGUCAGUGGCGGCAACCUUCACAAUAGCACGAGCGAAAGCCAUGGCACAAAGCAUACCCAGGACUUUCUGGCUGGUGCCAAGCUCCAACGCAUGCUGCGCGAUCAAGCCGAACGACCAUACGUGGUGCUGUCGUACGCCCAGAGUCUGGAUGGGUGCAUUGCUGCCGAAAAGGGCAAGCCUUUGGCGAUCAGCGGAGAAGCAUCACUGGUGAUGACACACCGCUUGCGAGCUGAGCACGCUGGCAUUUUGGUCGGCAUCAACACUGUUUUGGCGGACAACCCGAGCUUGACCGUUCGCCUCGUGUCUGGCAACAACCCGCAACCCAUCGUGCUGGACACGCAUCUGCGAUUCCCUCUGACGGCAAAGCUGCUGACGGCAACCCCGCUCAAGCCAUGGAUUAUCACGUCGUUGACUGCCGACGCUUCGCGCGAGCAACGUCUCGUCGAGCUCGGUGCACGUGUGAUUCGUGUUCCAAUCGAUCCGGCGACCAACUCUGUCUCCUUGGUCGAAGCGCUGCAUGCUCUCUACCGCAUUGGUCUGCCAUCUGUGAUGGUGGAAGGCGGUGCCUCUGUGAUUCGCUCCUUUUUAAACCACCCUUCGCAUCUCAUCGACCGACUGGUCGUGACCAUUGCGCCCGUCAUCCUGGCUGGCACGCACUCUACCCUCGACGGCAAGCCGCAACAGCCCGUUGCGCUGCCUCAGCUGCGAAACGUCAAAUACGAGCAAUUUGGUCGAGAUGUUGUGUUGUCUGCCGAGCCAUACUGGGCAAGCUCGUGA